UCCGUUCAUCAGAAGGAUAUUAUAAGGGAAGCCCGGGGAGCGGAGCGUGGUUCAGUCUACAGUAUCUGGACCGAACCGAGGCGGGCAGGGAGCAUAUUUGUAAGGCGGAGGCGAUGGAGGACAAAGAGAAGAACUCCUCCAAGAGCGACAGAGUCACUCUGAAAAAAGAAAUUGGACUUUUGAGCGCCUGCGCUAUUAUCAUCGGUAACAUCAUUGGAUCUGGGAUAUUCAUUUCACCUAAAGGAGUGUUGGAGCAUGCAGGAUCUGUGGGGCUGUCCCUCAUCGUCUGGGUUUGUGGAGGGGGUAUUUGUGCCCUUGGAUCCAUGUGCUACGCUGAACUGGGUGUCACCAUCCCAAAGUCUGGAGGAGACUAUUCAUAUGUGACAGAAAUCUUUGGAGGGUUAGUCGGCUUCCUGUUGUUAUGGAGUGCCGUCCUCAUCAUGUAUCCAACCACGCUGGCUGUCAUCGCGCUCACCUUCUCCAAUUACGUCUUGCAGCCAGCCUUCCAGAACUGCCUACCUCCGUUCAUUGCCACCAGACUGCUCGCCACCAUCUGUAUCUUAUUCCUGACCUGGGUGAACUGCUCCAGUGUGCGCUGGGCGACGAGGAUCCAGGAUGUUUUCACUGUAGGCAAACUUCUCGCUCUGGCACUAAUCAUAGUGGUCGGACUGGUGCAGAUCUUCAGAGGUCACUAUGAUGCCCUACGGCCCAGUGUGGCCUUUGAAUUCAGUCAGGACCCCUCAGUGGGACAGAUAGCGCUGGCCUUUCUUCAGGCCUCGUUCGCCUACAGUGGCUGGAAUUUCCUCAACUACGUCACGGAGGAGGUCGUGGAGCCUCGCAAGAAUCUGCCCCGUGCCAUUUACAUUUCCAUCCCACUGGUGACACUUGUCUACACUAUGACCAACAUUGCCUACUUCUCCUCCAUGACCCCUGAGGAGCUGCUGGCCUCCAAUGCUGUAGCAGUGACAUUUGGGGAAAAGCUGCUGGGGAUGUUUUCCUGGGUGAUGCCGAUUUCUGUUGCUCUGUCCACCUUUGGAGGAAUCAACGGAUACCUAUUCACCUCCUCCAGAUUGUGUUUCUCAGGAGCCAGAGAGGGUCAUCUGCCUUAUCUCCUGGCUAUGAUCCAUCUAAAAAACUGCACUCCAAUCCCCGCCCUGCUGGUCUGCUGCAUUGCCACCAUAGUCAUCCUCUGCAUUGGAGAGACGCACAACCUGAUCAACUACGUGUCCUUUAUCAACUAUCUGUCCUAUGGGGUAACCAUUGCCGGUCUCCUCUACCUCCGCAAGAAGAGACCCAACCUGGCCAGACCCAUUAAGGUAAAUAUGUUGAUCCCCAUCACCUACAUGAUAUUCUGGGCUGUGCUGCUGGGCUUCAGUCUAUACUCUGAACCGGUGGUUUGCGGUCUGGGAAUGGUCAUUAUGCUGACUGGAGUCCCUGUAUACUUUGUGGGUGUUCAGUGGAAGGACAAACCCAAAUGGAUCUACAGGCUAGUAGAAAGAAUCACAUACAUGGGCCAGAAGGUGUGUUAUGUGGUAUUUCCUCAGCAAGACCCUUCAGAGACUGAACCCCUCACUUCCUCCAAAGCUAUUGACUGAGCAGUGCAGUCAAACCAGGAAUUCCCUACAACAACACCUGUACUUCCAGUUUUUGCGUCACAUUGUUUGGUCAGUUUGUGAGUGGUGAACAGAUGGUUUCAUCCAUGUUCUUGCACAGGUGCAGCCUGAGUGGGGCUGUGAUGAAGCGCCAGUAUAAAAGAAGCAGAUGGUUAUAAUUAGGGCAUUAGCAUGUUAAGCCCUAAAGCUGCCUAAUGUGUUUAUUAUUUGUUGGUUUGGUAGUACUGCCCCCCCAACCCCAGUUCCCCUCGCCAGUAUGCCAAGUUCUUUCUUUCAUACAGAUCUUCUGCUCGACUUCUCCCUUCUACUCACUCAAGGAACCUCCCUCCGCCAUCUUCUGCUUCACUUCAAUGAUAUUCUUCUUUUGACUUUAACUAAAUCCUUGAGCUAAUGUGCCUUAUGAAAUGUAUGUGUUGGUAUAGUGUAUUGGUUUGUGCGGGUAUUUUGAUUGUGUAAUAACUUUUAUGAGGUAAAUAUGCAAGCAGUUUCUGCACUUAGCAAUACUUCUCUAUUACUGCUGCUACCUUCAGCUCUGUUUCACUAACUACUCACAUGAUGUUUACUGUCAACUGUGGAUGAGUAUUUUUCCGUCUGUAUCUCUGCCUGGCUACAGUAUCUUUUUACUUUACCCCCGUUCUCUCUCUCUCUCUUUCUCUUUUUUUAUUAUAUUACUACUCUCGUCUGAGAGAUACUGCAGGUGCCUUCAUGUUAUUAUCAUUGUUAGAGAUUAUCUACACAACACUCAUCUUCCCCAGCAAUAUUUACAGCACAGACGAGACAGGAGGAUGAUGGGACGUUUGUGGCUGUCACCUGGAUGAAUAACUGACUCUCUGAAAUGAAUAAGCUACAUCUUUACAACACAGACUGUUCUUCAGGUUUUUAAAUGUUUACCCAUCUCCUCCUUUGGUCUCUUAGAACCUCGGGCCUCUGUUGAACUUGUUGCUUUGGAAAUGUUCUCACCUCUGGGAAUGCCACUGUGAACUUAUUCAUGGUGCUUGGCCUGCCAAGACAGUUAUUAUAUUUUACUCUUCUCACCUGAUACAGUACUUACCAAUAAUGUGUUGUUGGCAACAUUAGCAGAAUCCAUAUUGACAGAUGGAUGGAUGGCUGGCAUUGGAUGUUUACUUGUGCAUGGACCUUUUCUUACAUCCCCAAAGACACAUAAUCACUGCAAUUACCCCUGGCCCACUGACUUACUAUGCUAUUGAUAUAUUGUAGUUGAAUUGAUUCAGAUUUAUAGUUGGCAGGAUUAUGAACCAAUUGAAAUAUCAAGUUGUUCUAAAUUAUUGUGGUCAAAUUCCCUUACUGAAGUUUUGGUACCACUACCUUAACGCAGUCAGCCAAUUUACUGCGAUCUAGGAGAUAUUUGUUUAUGUGCAUUUGAUUAAUCUCUUUCAGCACUUUUCUGUUAUCUGUUUAUGUCGUACAUAUAACAGAACAUAGAAGGUCUAGGCCAGUGGCCUUUUUUUAACAUGAUUAAAAACCAGCAGGUUGAAAGAUGGUUUGAGCAUUUGCACCUUUUCCACACCAGUAGAUGCUGGUAGAUCCCUCAAAUCCACAAAAAGAGACUCACACUUACUGUAAGACAACGUGUACAUCUGUCUGCCAUGUCCAGGUUCUGUUAGCUCACUUGAGAUCUGUAAAUACUAUGUAAAGAAAACAACCCUGUUACAAAUGUGCCAGGGACUCCUUCAAAGAUCACAUUCCUCAGACAUGUUGUGAUACAUUUACAUACUGUACAAUUGAUGGGUGUACCUCUGUGUUUUGUAAAAGAGUGUCAAGUUGUACAAGAAUAACAAUGUAAUUGCUUAUUAAAUAUAGCAACUUCUAAGAAGCUUAAUUAGUUUUUGGAUAAUGUUAGUGAAUGUCGUGUCCUGACUUUUCAUGGUGCUGUCAUCGGGUCAAAAAACAAACACAUGGUCAACAUGUUAGCAUGCUGACAUAAUAAGCACUGCUGUGCCUGUAAAGAGAGACUCAGAGUUGCUAGCAUGGAUGUACUCAGAUUAAAAGUAGAUUGUGACUACAAAAUCAGUGCUGUCUAAAUGUUGUAUCUGUAUACUGGCAAUAGUAUAUUUUUGAUGCAAAAGAAUCUCACACAUUUAAUACACUGGAAAUAUUAAAUGAUAAAGAACUUGAAGUUUAUUAAUUGCAGGCACGGGAAAACAAUGACUGAUAAACAGAAAUCUAUACAGGGUAUUUGAUCAGCAAACCCCACAAUGUCAUGGUGGCAUUUCUCUUUCAGCACAAAAUAUACAAAUAUAGUUCUCAAAAUGAGAGAAAUGCUUUAAUACAAACACAGUAUAUGAUGACUUCAGUCUUUUUACGGGAAAGAAGCUUCAAAAUCAAACAGCAAGGAGAGUGGACCGUUAUCAGACAACCUGGUUCAGUAGUAUUUUACUUUUCAAUGGCCUUGAUCCAGUGUAUUUACCUGUGUGCUAUGGUAAUUACUCAGUGUCUGUAGCAGGCUGGAAAGGAUUUGAUUGGUGUACAUUACAGUGAAUAAAUGCAAUGCAACAAAACAAAGAUUGACAUCUUACUACUACUCUAACUUCAACAAACCAGUAAAAGCCAGGAAACAGAAUAGAAAACCUUGAUCCUGGCUGACAGAUAACACAUCACCUGGGCCAUGAUUGUGGUCAAUAUGGCACAAUCUCCUCUUUACAUACAAAAAACUGAAACUUUUGCAGAUCAACUGUCAAACAAACAGGUAAAUACACAGGAAUAAGGUUAUCCAAAAACAACUCCCCUGCCGUGAUAAUCCCAGAGAUUCCUGACACAGUAAUGCACUCUCCAGAACAACUCCAGAGCAGUCAGUUGUACUAAUCACAUGUCACAUGAUAAAGCUGUGUCUAGACAAACACAGAAAUCUAAUCUCUUCAAACAUGUAAACCAAAACUGUGGUCCUUGAAACUGCCCAUGAUAUUUACAAGAGAAAAACAAAACAAAACAAAAAAAAGUAAGGCAUUUUAACACACUUAUGUACAUUACAAAACAAGUAAAGACACAAGUUAUGUGGAUAUGAGUUUUCUGUUUCAAACAGCAGCUGAACUAUUUGUCAAAUGAGAACAGGCUUUGACCUUAAAUAACAAGGUACAAAGAAAAAAUGAGCACAAAAUAUGCAAAACUAGGACCGAGUGAACUGAUUUGUAUUUCUCUGUCUAUCAAAGAAAGAAUCAGAACAAAUCAUUAGGCAGCAAAUUAUGGAGACACCUCUAAUGGCACAUAACAUGUAGCAGCUGUUAAUGACAAAACUUCUAUAAGAAGGAAGCACAUGGGGGUAGCAUGGCACAAUCAGCUCACUUACACAGGAAAGAUCAUGUAUUUAGUACAGAAACUUGAGACUGCAGCUAAAAAAAAAAAAAAA